AUGGCUAUGAAGCUGUUCAUUUGCGUUUUAUUUUUUACAGUAUGUCAGAAUGGUCAUGGUGGUUAUGUGAACGGGACUUUUGGUCCGCAAGCUGUGAAAGGCCAUAAACUGGAGUAUAUGGCGGCAAUAUGGCGACAUGGAGAUAGAGCGCCAAAUGGUCCUUUCAAGGGUGACUUGUAUCCGGAAUCGUAUUGGGAAAAUGGAUACGGACAGUUGACUAAUGUAAGAAGGGGUUUUGGUCUUACAAAGACGUUUAGAAAACAAAAUUGGACAAUAAAUGUUCAUACAAAAUGCAUACAGUGGCGGACCUGGUCCAGUGGCAAAAAGAGUAUCAUUUCGCAUCCAGGAAAUAUCAAAAAUGUGGCAAAAUGCCUCCCUCUCCAAGUGAAAAAACUCAGAUUUCAAAAGUGUGCCCGCUCUUUUUGUGACGGACCCUUCAAAACGAAGUUUUUCACUUGGAGAAGGGGGCAUUUUGCCACAUUUUUGGUGCUUCCCGGAUGUAAAUGGUACGUUUUUGCCACUGGAUCAGGUGCCCCGCUGUAGAUCAUCUUUUUUUACAAUUUUUGCCAUAUUUUCGUUUGCUAACGAUCUCUGUUAUACGCACGUGUCAUCAUGUACAAUAUGCCAUUAUUUUUUUAUAUCAAAUAAUUUUAGAGCCUUCUCUAUUUAUCUCAGAUGUACAUAUAUGACCUGAUCUAGUGGAAAAAACCGUAUCAUUUUGCAUGCAGGAAGUAUCAAAAAUGUGGCAAAAUACCUCCCUCUCCAAGUGAAAAAAUUCAGUUUUCAAAAGUAUGCCCGCCUUUUUUGUGACUGACCCUUCAAAACGAAGUUUUUUCACUAGGGGAAGGGGGCAUUUUGCCACAUUUUUGAUACUUCCUGGAUGCAAAAUGGAACGUUUUUGGCCACUAGACUGUAGCUACCACUACUCAGAUCGGAAGACGAAAACUGAUAUCUUCCUUUUGGUUUUCACGAUUGUAAAUUUAGGACUUAUUACUUAAAAAUCAAAAGUUGUCUUGUUAUAAUAGAAAAGUAUUCUUUAAAUUAUGCGUAUUUUACUCUGACCAGGGCUUACCUCAUUUCCAGCUUGGAAUACAGCAACAACAGUUUCUUGGUAAAUGGAUCCGGAAGCGCUACAUUGAAGCUUUCAAGUUCCUUCCAAACAAAUAUGAUGCGAAUGCCAUCAAGAUCAGAACAACAAGUAUAAAUCGAACCAGAGAAAGCGCUCUCUACAAUUUCAAAGGACUCUACGGAAAAAAGAUCACCUAUGACACAUUAAAAAUCGUGUCUCCUUUGAAGAAUGAGACCGAUAUUAUCGGAGCACCAUUUGUUAACUGCCAUUUCUCCUUUUUACUUGGAUCAAAAGGGUUGAAAACCAGAGAAGUCGCCAAAUUUUUGAAGAAGAACGAAGCAAGUUACUACCAGAGAUUGCUACGGACAAAAUUUCGGCUCCUGCUCCGGCUCUUAGCUCCCAGAACCGGAGCCGAGGUCAAAUUUGCAGCUCCGGUUCCGAAUCCCCAUCGCAGUAUUUUUCGAGCAAUUUCUUUUAACAAGAUCACAAAAUUUUUACAUUUCUGAACGCUGAGAAGUUUCAGAAGCCUGUCUCUGGCUCCCGGCUCGGAGCCGGGGCCGUUCAGAGCCGGAGCCAAGAGCCGGCUCCGGAGCCGUGGCAAUCUGGUUACUACUACAGCGACGGACCUGAUUCGGUGGCAAAAAACGUAUCAUUUUGCAGUCGUGAAGGAUCAAAAAUGUGGCAAAAUGCCUCCGCCUCCAAGUGAAAAAACUUCGUUUUGAAAGGAGCGUUCUUUCCCUCAAAAAAGACCGCUUUUGGAAUCGGAGUUUUUCCACUUGGAAGGGGAGGUAUUUUGCUACAUUUUUUAUACUUCCCGGAUACAAAAUGAUACGUUUUUUUCUACUGGAUCAGGUCCUCCACUGUAGCACAUUGUUGAAGGUCGAACCGUAUUUUCAACGUUGCUUUUUAGAAGCUAGUUGCGCGUCUCAAAAAUGUCACAAAAGUGGAGGUUCCGGUUCUUUUGUAUUUGAUUUCCUUGACCGAUCCCUUUGUUAACGAGGUAAUGUUUAAUGGCGAUGUUGUAACAACAAAAAAUUUUUUUUAGAAGGAGAAGAACCUCAGUUUGGCCAAGGAAUAUGAGGCCAUAUACAGCCAGAUCUACGCGUUUUAUAUUCAGUCGUUCCGGUUUGUUUAUGGACUUGGUAAGGAGAAUAUAGUGGAGCAAAUAUUGUGAAGCAAUGUAUGACAAAUCCUUGCUCAACAAAACUUGUCUACAACAAACGGUUUAAUAAGUUCUAAGGGCUGAUUUUAGGCAAAACAUCUUUUGUUUUUUGCAAUCAUUGCAUACACGUAUUUACGCCAAAAAAGGUGUUUACGACAGCGAUUUUUCCAGAUAUUGAAUUCCAAGGCAGACUCGAUUGGAGAAAGGCGCUGGUGACUAUGCACUCCGGCGGUUUAUUCAAUGUCCUCAUUAAUGAUAUAGAACACAAAGCACUCUGCUCCAGUAAAUCGCAGAGGAUGCUCAAUAAAAACUGUGGCAACAGAGCAGCUAAUGACUUGAAAUACAGGGCGUUUUCCAUGGUAAAUUUGCUUUAUCUUAACAGGGGAAGUACCCCAAGUUUGACGCUCAGAUUUUGGUGAAACUUGGCGCAAAUUUAGAAUAAUUUUUUGUAAAAUAUAUGCGAGAAUCCUAGCUCGCGCUUUGCAGAAACAACCGACGAUUUUAGAUUGAAAAUUGGCGAAAAUUUCAAAAUUUUUGCCGAAUUUCGGCAUGAAAAGUUUCGUAAGUAUUUCUACCGUAGAGGGUAAUGUUUCUACAAAAAAUCAAUUUUUGUCUCACAAAACUGGCGAAGUUGUGGCCAAAAAGCGUGUUUUUUCUCUGACCGCUCUCCGCAUUUGGCGUACUCUCUCGGCGGCAAAGUGAUUCAAUUUCUCAGUGGCGCUUGCAAAGGUUUCCUGAAAGCUAAAACUUUCAGGAAUUGAUACUUAGUUUAUGUCCGACGUGUGUGCAAAAUUUAAAGAAAGUCUGAGCGUUGCACUUGGGGUACUUCUCUUCUAAGUCGUUGAAGAAAAGCUAUUUUUUCAGCACGACAUCAAUGUCCUAGCUGUCCUGAACAACCUAAAUUUUAAGUUUCUCGAUUACAACAAAAACGAUAAUGCGCCGGUCGGCAGCGCUCUCUUCAUUGAGCUGUGGAAUGACCCAGUGAGCCGGCAAAGGUACGUCAAGGCGAUUUAUCGGAAGAAACCCGACGAGAUUUACGAUUUGAGCGAAGAAAUCGCGGAUUGCAAGUCAAUUGGCAAAGGGCUUGGCUGCAGUGCGGAGGGAUUCAUUACGAGAAGCCAGAAAUAUUUAAUAUCCGAUGCUAGACAGGUAAAAAGUACAGUAAGGGACCUGAUCCAGUGGCAAAAAACGUGCCAUUUUGCAUCCAGGAGGUAAAAAAAAUGUAGCAAAAUACCUCCAUCUCCAGGUGAAGAAACUCCGGCUUCAAAGGCGCUCUUUUUGUGAGGGAAAGAGCGCGCCCAGUAAAAGUUCCUUAUUCUGGCCACAACUUAUAACUUUGCGGAAACUGGACAGAAUUAGCCCAAAUUUGGCGUGCACGCUCAAUUCAUCGUUGUCAAUGCCGUGGAUUUAGAAAGUGAGCGCCGUUUUUUUAACCUACCACCUUAUCCUUCAAAAAUGGCUGCAGCCCGCGAUUUUACACUUUAUACGAUGAGACCUGUCCGGAACGAAACUUAUUGCCUCCGUAUAGAACUAAAUGAGUCGUCAUAGCCUUCGUAGGUAGUUUUAAAGCUAUAGAGCUAUUAUACUAUUUCAGCGCCAGCUAGGUGGAAGCCUUUCUUCCUAACUUCAGUUCCCAAGCUUGGGCGCAGUUCGCAGGGCACCUUUAUUGUGGCCAGAAUAAGGAACUUUCUCCGCGCGCCCUUCAAAACGAAGUUUUUUCACUUGGAGAGGGAAGCAUUUUGCCACAUUUUUGAUACUUCCCGGAUGCAAAAUGGUACGUUUUUUGUCGCUGGAUUAGGUCCGCCACUUUAAUGUCAACGUAUUAUAAAAAAUGAGUAUUUGUUUUCAGUACUGCGCUCAGAAGUAUUGA